UCCGCCGCCGGGCCGAGUCCGCGGCGAUUCGCCGUCGUCGGCAGCGGUCCCGCGGGCAUGUACGCCGUCUUGGCGCUCACGAAGACGUUCGAUGGCGCAAAAGUAGACGUGUUCGAACGCUACCCCGCGCCAUUCGGUUUGGUGCGCUACGGUGUCGCGCCCGACCACGCGGAGACGAAGCUCGUGACGAACAAGUUUCAUGAAACGCUCACGACGCGAGACGACGUCGCGUUUUACGGCAACGUCCAACUCGGGCGAGACGUGAGUUUAGGAGAACUUUAUGAUAGCUACCACGGCGUCGUGCUCGCGUGCGGGACGAGCGGAGACAGACGUUUGGAGGUACCGGGAGAGGGCGAACACCGAGGCGUGCUCGGAGCGAGAGAGUUCGUCGCGUGGUUCAACGGCGAUCCCGAACACGGGCCGCAGAGCGCGACGCACGCGGCGGUAGUGGAGGCUUUGCGUAGUCGUGAUGGUGAUGCACACGUGGCGGUGAUCGGGGUCGGGAACGUCGCCAUCGAUUGCGCGCGGGUGUUGUUACGAGACGCGGAUGCGCUCGCGGGGACGGAUAUUUGCGAGCACGCGCUGGAGGUGCUGCGCGCCCAUCCCGUGCGCGCCGUGUCCGUGAUCGGGCGACGCGGGGUAGCGCAAGCUUCAUUUUCACCGAAGGAGUUGCGCGAGCUGUUGAAUUUGCGGAACGUAAGAGUGGUGAUUUCGGACGAGAACCUCACGCUGGAGCCCGAAGACGAAGCCGAGUUGGCGGAGAACAGACCGCGGCGGCGAGCGCACGAGGCGUUCGUCAAGAGAAAGACCGCAGGGGAGUGUGCGAGCGAGGAUGGAUGCACAAAAAUACUCAAUGUGCGAUUUCUCGCAAGUCCACUAGCGUUCGGGGGUGAAAAUGGUGUGUUGAGUUGGAUGAAGCUCGGUAGGAACGAACUCGUCGGCGCCGCCGGCGCGCGAAAAUCCAUCGCAUCUGGCGAAACGGAGAUGGUUCCCACCGCCUUAGCGCUGCGUUCAGUGGGAUAUCGUGCAGAACCGAUUCAAAUGACCGUCAAAGACGAAUCCUUGACUCAAUUGCGACUGCCAUUCGACGAAAAGAAUCGCGUUGUGCCAAACGCGUACGGCGCCGUCGCCGUCUCGGCGGAUUCCGCCGAUACCAUUCCUCGUCUCUACGUCACCGGCUGGCUCAAACGCGGACCAACAGGAAUCAUCGGCACCAAUCUCACGUGUGCCGACGAAACUAUCGCAAAAAUGGCUGCCGAUUUCGCCGUCGCCCCACCUCCCGAUCCUGUCGAGGACGGCGUCGACCGCCUCCUCGAGAAGCGCGGCGUCCGCGUCGUGCGCGCCGCCGACUGGAUUCAAAUCGAUCGCCUCGAGCGCGAGCGCGGCGCUGCGCGCGGAAAACCACGAGAAAAGUUUGUCUCCACAGCCGACGCUCUCAAGGCG